AGACAAGAAAUGCACGGAGUGUGGCGGUUCUCUAACAAAGUGCCAACCCCGAAGUGACGCUUGACCCGCAGGAGCUCGUUGGACCUCCGGGUCAAGCGCGCACGUUUGCGUCGCUCUGCUCGGGAGUUUUGGGGACUUGACCAUCUGUUUGAGUCCGAGGGGGAGAAAGCGAGGGUUGAGACUCGAGAGACAGAGAGAGGAGAAAGAGAAAGGACGCGCGAGACGGCUGAAAUCUCUGCAAAGCGAAAAGGAAGAUACUCGGAGGGUUGUUUACAAGCCCCGAACAUAGCAACGCAAACCGGAUAAAGUCAUUGUUCCCCUCCCGCCUGGAUGUUUCCGCCGGAGCCGAGCGUGGUUCAGAAGUGUGUUGCUCAAACAGGAUGGUCGCGCGGUCCAAGUAUUUAUCUUCUUUUUCUUUUUUACCGUGUUUCCCCCUGAAAUGAUCUGGUUUCCAGCGAGAGAGGACGGGUCGGCAGACUCGCUUUGACCCAAACACCCAACACGUCUUGCGUGUGUUUAUCAGUCGCGCUUGCUGCUGCUUUUUGGGACAACACCUUCACUUUUUUUAAUGUUUUUAUGUAUGCCUGGAAAACUUUUUAAGGAUGAAGAGGAGAAAAUUUCUCGAGUGACAGCGAAGUGGAUCCAAGGGAAAGCUUAUUCCAUCUUUUUAUUUAAUUUUUUUAAUUGCAUCGCGUGACAUCUCCACUCUUGACUGGAUCGGAUGGCGGACAUGCGCCCAUCACAAAAAGUUAUGAAUUUGCCCGAAUGUGAAUGAGAAAGAAGGGGGCGACUGUGCGGUAGCUUCCAGCCCGGUGGGAACCCACUUCGCGGACUCGUCACUUUUGCUGUGCGUUCGUGAGAUUUUGAGCGUAUUUGCAGCUGAAGAUAAUGGAGGAGUGGAGGCAAUGCGGACGCUGGCUGAUCGACUGCAAGGUUCUGCCCCAGAACCACCGGGUCGUGUGGCCCUCAGCUGCCGUGUUCGACCUCGCGCAAGCCUUGCGUGACGGCGUGCUCCUGUGCCAGAUGUUGCACAAUCUCUCCCCUGGAUCCGUGGACCUGAAGGAGAUCAAUUUCAGGCCUCAGAUGUCACAGUUCCUGUGUUUGAAGAACAUCCGGACAUUCCUCAAGAUAUGCCAUGACAAAUUUGGCCUGCGGAACAGUGAGCUGUUUGACCCCUUUGACCUCUUUGAUGUCAGAGACUUUGGCAAGGUGAUUUCUACUCUGUCAAGGAUCUCCCACCACAGUAUUGCACAAAUCAAAGGCAUCAGAUCUUUUCCCACAGAGGACACAGCCUUAAAUGAAGAUGACGUGUACAGAAGUCUUGAGGAGUUGGCAGAUGAGCACGACCUGGGUGAGGAUGACAUCUACGACUGUGUGCCGUGUGAGGACGAUGGCGAUGACAUCUACGAAGAUAUCAUUAAAGUGGAAGUACGACAACCCAUGAAAAUGGGCAUGACAGAAGAUGACAAAAGAAAUUGCUGCUUAGUGGAGAUCCAGGAGACUGAAGCAAAGUAUUAUAAGACUCUAGAGGACAUUGAGAAGAACUACAUGAUCCCAUUGAGGCAAAUUGUGAGUCCACAGGACAUGGAGGCCAUCUUCGUCAACCUUGAGGAUGUGAUCAAAGUACAUUUUGCUCUCCUUCGAGCCAUUGACCUCAACAUGGUCACCGGAGGAAACGGUUUGGGAAAGAUCUUCCUUGACUUCAAAGAACGGUUACUGCUCUACGGCCAGUACUGCAGCCACAUGGAGAAUGCCCAGAAGACACUGGAUGAACUAAUAGCAACACGGGAGGAUGUGAAGAUCAAAGUAGAGGAAUGUACGAUGAAAGUGCAGGAAGGCAAAUUCAAGCUGCAGGAUCUUCUGGUGGUUCCCAUGCAGAGGGUACUCAAGUAUCACCUACUAUUAAAGGAACUUCUUAGUCACUCGACGGAUCGACCAGAGAGGCAACAACUGAAAGAAGCGCUGGAGGCGAUGCAGGACUUGGCCAUGUACAUCAAUGAGGUCAAGCGGGACAACGAGACACUGAAGAAAAUAAGUGAAUUCCAAAGUUCUAUUGAAAAUCUUCAGCAGGUGAAGCUGGAGGAGUACGGCAGACCAAAGAUAGACGGAGAGCUUAAGGUGUGCUCCAUCGUCAACCGUACUAAACAGGACCGGUAUAUUUUCCUGUUUGAUAAAGUGGUUAUUGUCUGCAAGAGGAAAGGUUAUAGCUACGAGCUCAAAGAGAUUAUUGAACUACAGUCUUAUAAGAUGUCUGAUGACCCCAUGAACAACAGAGACAUGAAAAAGUCAAGUGGAAAAAUGUGGUCUUACGGCUUCUACCUGAUCCACCUGCAAGGAAAGCAGGGCUUCCAGUUCUUUUGUAAAACAGAAGAGACAAAGAGGAAGUGGAUGGAACAGUUUGAAAUGGCCAUGUCCAAUAUCAAACCUGAGAGAGCCACAGCUAACCAACAUAACUUCCAGAUGCACACAUUCGAUAAGAACACCAACUGUCGAGCCUGCAAGAUGCUACUGAGGGGCAUCUUCUAUCAGGGUUACUUCUGCUCUCGGUGUGGAACGGGAGCACACAAAGAGUGUCUGGAAGUGAUCACAAUCUGCAAAAUCAAUCCUCUUGACUUGGAACCUGGAAUGUCUUCUGGUCCCAAGAUGGUCGCAGUGAGGAACUACCACGGUACACCGGCACCACCGGGAAAGGCAACUCUCUCCUUUCAAACAGGAGACUACAUCGAGCUGCUCAAGGGGGAUCCUGACACUGCAUGGUGGGAGGGAAGGCUGAUGCAAACACAAAAGAAUGGCUUCUUCCCCAGUUCCUGUGUAAAACCUUACCUUGACCCAAAGCCCUUCCAGUCAUUAUCCAGCCGGCAGUCAUCGAGAGACGCAGACUACUACGGAUAUCCUUGGUUUGCAGGAAACAUGGAGCGCCAGCAGGCUGACAACCUCUUAAAAUCCCACAGCAGCGGGACCUACCUCAUCAGAGAGAGGACGGCUGAAGCAGAGAGGUUUGCCAUCAGCAUCAAAUUUAACGACGAAGUGAAACACAUCAAAGUCGUUGAGAAAGACAGCUGGAUUCACAUUACCGAGGCCAAGAAGUUCGAAAGCCUUUUGGAGCUGGUGGAGUAUUAUCAGUCCCAUUCACUCAAAGAGAGUUUCAAGCUGCUAGAUACCACACUGCGAUAUCCCUACAAGGCAAAGGAGCGCUCAUUAACACGGACCAGCACCCACUCGCCAGCAGCCACCUGCGCCUCCUACAACUUCUCCUUCCUCAGUCCACAGGGCUUGAACUUCUCCUCUCAGAGCUCAGCUCCUUUUUGGUCAGUGUUUACGCCUCGUGUUGUGAGCACGGCGGUGGCCAGGUAUAACUUUGCCGCACGAGACAUGAGAGAACUUUCACUGCGAGAAGGCGAUGUCGUCAAAAUAUACAACAAGAUUGGUGGAGACCAAGGCUGGUGGAAGGGCGAGGCCAAUGGAAGGAUUGGAUGGUUUCCCUCAACCUAUGUGGAUGAAGAAGGAGUCCAGUAAGGGUUGGAUGUUGCCCACCUGGCACCCUUUAAAAAAAAAAAGAAGAAGAAUCAGGAACCAUCGUUAUUGUAUCUGCUGAUCUCAGAGGAAAACACCUCACUCUCUCCAGGAAAGAAACUUUUUUUGUUGUUGUUGUCGUUGCUUUUGCUGGAUCCCAAGCACCUUUCCACCAUGUCCUCCGUCUUAAAGUAUGCCUCAGCUUUGCCAGUCUUACAGGAUUCCCCUUUCAUUUCUGCACCAUUCAAAAGUGGAAACAUCGCACUGUGUUGGCCUCCAUGAGCCUUCAGAGGCUUCACGUAAAGACAUGGCAAAAACAGACUGCGGAGAGCUUUACUUGGAAAAAAAAAAAGAACGCUCGGACCUCUGCGAGGUGAAAUAAUUGUACAGUAUAGAUAAUUUAUUGAAGAGAGAUUAUUAUCAUGACUGAGGUAAUUGCGGGGACUUAGCAACUGCAGAAAAUCUGCAAACUAAAAACAAGGAGAGGAAAAAAAAACAAAUGCUCUUUUUCUUUUCACAUUGACAGAUUUUGCCUUAGUUGUCAUGGUGAUGCCUUGUGGGUUGACUCCAGUGAAGGGAAAAGACUUUGUUGACUGGCUUGGCUUCUCAUGCAUGCAUGUGUCCAUAUGCGGCCCACACCAAUACACACACACCAAUGUACAGUUCGGUGCCUUUGAAAGACUUCUUUGAACCUCAUCAUCAGCCCGUAAAGAACAUUUGCCAUCCCUGAAAGGACAAUGCAAAGAGAAGAACUCAAACGGGGGCGCGUGGGUUUCACUCAGCCGCCGAGUCCCUGACUGCAACAAUUUAACUGGCGGAAUUUAACUACAGUAUAACUUGUCACAAUGGAGUCACAGUAAUACAGUGAAGUUUUUCAUAGCAAACGAACACAGUUCGCAUUGGCAGGAUGUGAAAAUGAAACGAGACCACUUCACCAACACAUCUAUGUUCUUCAUUUUUUUUCUUUUCAUCCAACUGAACCAAUAGCUGAUGUCGGCUGUGUUUUACUGUCUGCAUGGAAUUUUAUUUUUGUUGUACACUGCCUUAAUGUUUUUUUUUUUACAGAUUAUCAGGUGACCAGUUGUUUCCUUCCAGUUGUCACAUGUGAAAUUCUCUUUGGCUGGUGCUGUGUCAACUGGUGAAUAUUAAACUGCCAUAUAAGAAGUAUGUGCGUGCGUGCGUGCAUGCGUGUGUGUGUGUGUGUGUGCGUGUGUUUGUGUGUGUGCGUGCUCAUCAUUUGUAAUGUGCACACACUCAGAAAACAGUGUGGGGGUGUGGUACUGUGCCAAGUGUUUCAGUUUACCUCCUAUGAUUGUUGAGCACUCUAUGCAUACAGUGCCACGAGAAAGUAUUCACACCCGUUCACUUUUUCCAUAUUUUACUGCUGCAGACUGAUUCUAGAGCUCAGUUGAGUUUAAUUGCGACAUAAAAUAUCCCAUGAUGAGAAAUUGAACACAUAUUUUCAGACUUUUGUGUUAAUUUAUAUAUUAAAAAAAAGGAAACAUUCAAACAUAAUCGGUACAUAAUUUCUCAUUAGACUCGAUCUUAAACUCAGGUGCAUGUAAUUUCCACUGAUCAUCCUUGAGGCUUCUAUAAUUUGAUUUGAGUCCACCCAUGAUAAAUUCAGUUUAUUAAUCAUGAUUUGGAAUGGCACACACCUGUCAAUGUGAGGUCUCAUAGUUGGCAGUGAAUCUCGGAGUAGAAACCAAAAAAUGAACACUAAGGGAUUGAAACACCUUCGAGUCUGGAUUGUGUCAAGGCACAAAUCUGAGGAAGGACACAAAAGUAUUUCAGCAGCAUUGAAGAUGCCGAAAAGCACGGUGGUCUCGAUUAUUCGGAAAUAGAAGUUUGGAACCACCAGGACCCUUCCUAGAGCUGUCCGUCCGACCAAGUUAAGUAACCAGAGAGGAAGGGCGUUGGUCAGAGAAGUGAACAAGAACCUUACGGUCAUUAAGUUGAUUCUCCAGUGUUCCCUUGCACAAAUAGGCGAACCAUCCAUAAGGUCAACCAUUGCUAAUGCACUCCAACAAUCAGGCUUUUAUUGUAAAGUGCCCAGACAGAACGAAGCCACUUUACCCUAAAAGGCUCAUGGCGGCCCGCUUGGAGUUUUACCAAAAGCCACCUUAACGAUUCUCAGACCCCCAGAAACAAAAUUCUCUGGUUUUCGACGAAAAUCCAAAAAAAGGGUUUUGGCCUGAAUUUCAAGCUUCACAUCUGGAGAUGUGACUGCUCAUUCCCUAGCUAACACCAUCCUUACUGUGAAGCAUGGUGGUGGCAGCACCGUGCUGUGGGGCUGCUUCUCCGCUGCGGGAACUCGGCGACUCGUCCACAUAGAGCGUAAGAGCACAGCUACCAAAUACCGAGAAAUUCUUCCAGAAAACUUGUUCCAGAGUGUCCUAGAACUCAGACUAUGGUGUCAAUUCACCUUCAAUAUGACAAUGACCCAAAGCAGAAAGCCAAUAUAACAAAGGAGUGGCUUCAGGAGCCGCUAUUAAAUGUCCUUGAGUGGCAUGACUUCAAUCCAAUAGAACAUGUCUGGAAAGACCGAAAGAAAUGGCUGUCCAGGAAUGUGAACUGAAUUCUAACUACACUUUAAUCAGAUUUAGAAUACGUUCGUAACAUCGCAAAAUAUGGAAAAAAGUAACGGGUAUGAAUUCGUUCUGGUUGAUACUGUAGAUCUAUGGCCAUGUCGACAGUAAAUGGCAUACAAUACAUAUUUCCCUACUGCUGUCCCCAGGUAGCACAUAGUUUUGUACUUCCACCCAUUCAGACAUUCUAUUAUUUAUUGACAGUUGUCACUCGACUACUAGGUUUUGUCUUACAUGGCCCUAUGUCUUUCUUCUACAGUCUGUUCCAAACUCAGAAGUGUCCAGUCAUAGGAAUUCGGAAGCAAGUUAAAGACCCUGUAAAGUGGAAUCAGCAAUCUGUUCCAAAAUAUAUUGUACGUUUUUGAAUCCACAUUGAUCACGUUGAAUGCACAAAGACGCACAUUGCGGGGAGGAGGCGGAGUAACAAUAAGAAAUAAAGUAAAAGUUUGAUUUUGUUGCCAGCCUGUGGACCAACCAGGGCUAGGGCCCGGUGGGGUGGGAUAUAUUCCAACCCCCUGAGGCUUGAAACAGAUCUAUUUUCACGCGUUAAAUUAGGGAUGUGUAGAUAGAGAGAAUAUUCUAAACGAGGUAUCAUCCAUUUUUCUAGGUUAUAGCAGUGGUAUUUGAUUGACACGACAGUGGGUAUGGUUUCAGUGGAUUCAGUGGACACGCCCACAGUGUUUGAGAAAAGACAUAAUGACUUCAUUUUUCAGCGUUUUGAAGUCUCAUUUUAUAUACUAGACGCUUGUUCAAAUUCGGCUGGGUUGUUAGCAACACUGUGGUGUAGUUACACUUUACAGGGACUUUAAAUACCGAGACAAAACAAGACUGUUUUAUGCACAUACAGUACAUUCAAUCAUUGGGAUCGGUCAGUGAGUCACUCACUAAAUCAUUUGUAACUGACUGGUAACAUUGAGCAAAUAAACUCCAGAUGUUUUAAUGAACUUUGACUAUCCAAGGUGUGCGUUGGUGGAAAGGUGGCUUGAUUCAAUGGCGAGAUUUUCACCAUUUUAUGUCCUGGACAAAACAACCCAAUGCAUGUAGCGAUUGAUAUUUCAACUCCUGUCAGUACACCCUGGAAAAAAUACUGUAUGUACAUCAUUGUGUACAUUUUUGUUGAAUGGUUGACUUUUUCCAAAUGAGGUCUAUCAUGGAAUAAAUAUUUGAAAUUUUGUUUA